UGUCCUGGAUACUCGAUCAGCAAUGUCCAAUCGGGGAAUACUGGACUGACUGCUGAUUUGUCUUUGGCGGGACCGGCUUGUAAUAGCUUUGGAUCGGAUAUUCCUAGUUUGAAGUUGAUGGUGAAUUAUGAUACGGCAAAACGACUCCACAUCAAGAUUCAAGAUAGUCCUGCCAUCGCAUAUACCGUUCCCGAAUCAAUCUUCCCGUACCCGCCGAGUGACCAAUCGGUCUCAGCAGAUGAAGCCGAACUCGAAUUUACCUAUCAAGAAACGCCGUUUAGUUUCCGUGUGGUCAGAAAAGCGAACAAUGAAGUGCUCUUUGACUCUUCCGCCGAGUCUCUCAUCUUUCAGGACGAAUACCUGCGCUUACGCACUGCGCUGCCUGCCAAUCCCAACCUCUACGGGCUCGGAGAGCAUGCAGAUGACUUUAAGCUGGGUACGACGGGUUAUACGCGCACGCUCUGGUCUCGGGAUAGCUAUGGAAUUCCAGAGGGGACGAAUUUGUAUGGAAAUCAUCCGGUCUACUUCGACCACCGUGGCGCCAGUGGCACACAUGGAGUCUAUUUGCAUUCGAGUGCAGGCAUGGAUGUCAAGAUUGAUCAAGAUGCUAACGGCCAACAAUACCUCGAGUACAAUCUAAUGUCUGGUAUCAUCGAUCUCUUCUUCAUGGCCGGUCCCACCCCCACCGAAGUGAGCAAACAGUAUGCCGAGGUUGCAGGAUUGCCUGCAGAGGUUCCUUACUGGUCCUUUGGGUUGCACCAAUGCCGUUAUGGCUAUCGAGACUUUUAUGGCGUUGCUGAGGUCGUUGCCAACUACUCGGCCGCUGGAAUCCCGCUCGAGACCAUGUGGACUGAUAUUGACUACAUGUACGAGCGAUUUAUCAUGACCACCGACCCCGAUCGCUUCCCGAUCGAUCGGGUUCGGGAGAUUGUCAAUUACCUCCAUGAAAAUGACCAGCAUUACAUCGUCAUGGUGGAUCCUGCUGUGGCAUACCAGGAGCAGAAAUACGAUAAUCUGACUUACACGUCUUUUACGAUUCCCCGAGACAAUGGGUACUUUGUCUACAAGAACGGAUCCGUCUACAAGGGGGUGGUCUGGCCCGGUGUGACUGCUUUUCCCGAUUGGUUCCACCCAGAAGUGCAACAGUGGUGGAAUGAUGAGUUUGCCAGCUUCUUCGAUGCCAACACGGGCAUUGAUAUCGAUGGGCUCUGGAUCGACAUGAAUGAAGCUGCAAACUUCAACUUCUUCGGAGACAUUCCAGAAGAGACUCAAGAAGAACGCAACUUUCCGCCUCUACGCCCAGCUCUCCGCUCGCAACCACGCCCCAUUCCAGGCUUCCCUGAAACUUUCCAGCCAGUAUUGACUUCACCCUCGGGAGCCCAACUCAUUGGUUACCCGGAGAGAGACUUUUUGGCGCCUCCUUACCAGAUCGACAACGCCAACACCUAUCAGGCCGUGGGAGGCUUGUCCAACUUCACACUGGACACGGACAUUAUCCACUACGAUGGCCAUGUCGAGCUGGACGUCCACAACCUGUACGGCAGUCAGAUGAGCGAAGCCUCUCGCACGGCGAUGCUGGCGCGCAGACCUGGGCGCCGACCACUGGUCAUCACCCGAUCCACCUUUGCCGGUGUAGGUCGCAGCGCGGGCAAGUGGUUAGGAGACAAUCUGAGCAUAUGGGACCACUACCGCAACUCGAUCCAGGGCAUGCUCAAUUUCGCCGCACUCUUCCAAGUGCCCAUGGUCGGCAGCGACAUUUGUGGUUUCGGAGGCAACACCACCGAGACACUCUGUGCACGCUGGGCCUCGCUGGGAGCUUUUUACACUUUUAUGCGAAACCACAACAGUGACACGUCUCUCCCGCAAGAAUUCUUCCUCUGGGAUACCGUCGCCGAAGCAGCCCGCAACGCUCUCGAUAUCCGCUAUCGUCUCCUCGAUUACAUCUACACAGGCUUCCACCAACAAACUCUCGACGGCACACCCGUCCUCCAACCGCUCUGGUUUCAAUACCCCACCGACUCCAACACAUUCGCCAACCAACUCCAAUUCUUCUACGGCAACUCCCUUCUCAUUUCCCCCGUCACCGAAGAAAAUUCCACCAGCGUAACCAUUUAUCUCCCCAACGAUCGCUUCUACACAUGGAACACAUGGCAACUCAUCGAAAGCUCGGGCCAAGAUUUCCUUCUGACAGAUAUCCCUUUUACUGCUCCCCCGCCCAUUCAUGUUCGUGGAGGCAGUAUUCUCCCCAUGCGCCAAUCUCCGGGAUAUACGACGUCGGAAACGAAAAAUUCUCCUUUGGAACUUCUCGUUGCGCCGGGAAGGGAAGGGGAAGGGGAAGCUCCUGCCACAGCGACGGGUUCUCUCUAUCUCGACGACGGAGACAGUCUCAUCCAACCCCUCGACACCACUUCGGAAAUUUCCUUUUUCUACGAGGCUUCUUCUUCUUCUUCCACAUUAUUCAUCAACGGCACUUUUGCAUAUCCCAUCACCUCUCAUGCACUUCUCGCUUCCGUGAUGGUGUUGGGGGUCAGUGUUGUGAGUGAGACGACACCGACAUAUUAUAAAUCUUCGACGGGCACGACACAGGAAUGCGAGUGGUGGACGUAUGAUGCUGCAACGGGAGUGAUGCGCGUGGGGUUGAAUGAGGUGUUGGAUGGGGAGAUGGUGGUUUAUUUUUGAGGAAAUGGAGAGAGAGAGAGAGUGGGAUUG